CCCUGUGCGAAAUGCGGCGAAAUGGAAACGAGAGUUCUGUCGUCAAGCUGGCGUGCAUAGUUGACAGAGCUUCGUGGAGAGCCAACAAUCAUGGCAAUCGAGCCCCUCGUGAUGCUCGGCGGCAGGAAAGACGACGACAGAUCGCUCCUGCGUGUACCGCAAAACACACUCGUCGCUCUGUUUACGUUCGCCUACUGUGAGAUAGAAGACCUGCGCAUCGUCUUGGUGCCACGCGAGCCAGCCAGCGAUGGCGGUAGUGACUGUAACGACAAUCCACUCUUCGAUUUGCCUCUCAGCGUUCUUUCGAAACUCAAGUGCUUCGAGACUAGCGAUGGCUCACCUACGCCGCAAGAACUACUCGACUGCGAACCUCCGGCUGUCUAUCUACCCGACAAUACUACCGCGACUUGCAUCGGCGGGCUCGCGGGUGUCCUCCGAUGGGCGCUGGGUCAGUUUGGGAGUCGAACCCGGAACCGCGAGUGCAAGGCACUGCUGGGUUUCCGCGGCGGUUGCCUCGCAGCCUGCUCCGAGUCUUCUCUCUGGACUCGCUUCUGCGAACUGGACGUACAGAGGGCCCUUCCGAAGCUUCGGAAGCGCUUCUCUGCUGGUAGCGGGUUCGAAUCUCCGCCGCUGAAGCUUCCCGAAGAACUUCACCUUCUCGAGGCCCACAUGCGACAGCCUGUGAAGACGCACAAUGUCCGGAGGAAACAGCAGCAAGUGUUUCGGGCGUCACGUCGUGAAGGAGGCGGCUCGCCCGUGGAGCAUAAGCCGGUUGAUGGAAAACUGCCUCUACUGGAACACAGAUUCGUCGAGGGUUUCGACCAGACACUGGCCGACGUAGUGCUUUUUCCCGUCCUUCACCUCAUAUUCACCGAGUUGGCAGCUGUUACGAGUAAGAAGGCAAUAUCCGUAAGGCUGCCUCUCACUACCAAGUGGUACGAAACGAUGUCUGCACAGAUACAGACUCACCGUGCCUUGGAAUCUUUGGAACUGAAGCACAUCGAGCAGGUCGAGCGAGAAGAGUGCAGCAGGUUCAUAGAAGAGUUCGAGCUCCCGAAGGACAGCCUCUACUCGUCUCAUCCAGAACGCACAAAGCCUCGUAUUCGGCACAAGAACCCUGAGUCGAUCAUUAACUCCCUCAGGGAGGCCCGCAUAUCACCAGACUUGAAGCCGAACCCCGGCAAAGACUCCCUUCCCCUUCCCUGGGAGGAGUUUCCAGAAAAAGUGCACCCUCUUGGUGGAGGUCUUCCAAAAAACAGGGUCCUGCGCAAGUGUCAGCAGAUUGAGAACCUCGUAGUGUUGGCUCUGCAAAACGCCUUUGAUGGCUGCACGAUUGUCGACUUCUGUUCAGGAGGAGGCCACGUGGGCAUUGUCCUGGCUUACCUGCUACCGGAAUGCCGGAUCGUAAUGAUUGAAAACAAGGAAGAGUCGAUGCAUCGUGCUCGGGAGAGGGUGAAGUCUCUGGGCCUGCGAAAUGUUGUCUUUUAUCAAAGCAAUAUAGACUACUACGUGGGUAAUUUUGACUUGGGAGUCUCUCUGCAUGCUUGCGGCGUUGCCACGGACUUGGUCUUGCAGAAGUGUAUCGAACGCAAUGCGGCGUUCGUGUCGUGUCCCUGUUGCUACGGUGCCAUGAAAGUGACAGACCGAAUCAGCUAUCCCCUCAGUCGUGCUUUUAGGGAUACGGGCAUCUCGAAGGAGGACUACACGUUGCUGUGCCACUACGCUGACCGAACUGAGCGCGACACGCCUACAUGCCAGCAGGGCCAUUAUUGCAUGGCUCUGGUAGACAGAGACCGGGCUAUGUGUGCGGCCGAGAGUGGCUACGAAGUAAUUGUGACGCAGAUGGUACCGCAUGAUUGCUCGCCCAAGGGACUCGUUUUAGUUGGCAAACGGACAUCUAAAGUGCGCUGAAGUUGAAGAUUCUUAUUACCUGUUUUCAGGCGCACAUGGCAAAACUUUCAGUGCACUAAAAUAGACAGGCAUGAAGAUAGUAAAGACAGGACGAUGCGCUUAAUUUUCCCUUCACUUUCUUCGAAGCACAUCGUCCCAUCUUUACUUCUUCCGUCUAUGUCCUUCUUGGUGUGCUGCAAGUUUUGUAAGUUUUGCCAACCACCAAUGAGCUCAUUCUUACAUACUUCCAAGUUUCAGUUAUAAAGCUGUCAUUGCAUCCUCUUAGUGUGAAUGGGCUUAGUAAGUAUAGACGGAUUGCAUGAAAUAAGUCUAUUUUGGUAAUUUGCAUUUGCCUGCCAAUUCACAAUACUGCAACUGCAGCUGCUACUGUCUCGAGAAAAAGCCAUCCAGUGAAGAAAAGUCAGAUGAAUUAAAGAGAGUUUGAUAAACACCACUUAUGUUACUACAUGUUGAAAGCAAAUAAUAUUUCUAAGAUGAAGUC